AAGGUUAUCUAACGGGACGAAUAAUGUUGUCUAGGUGCUGCAGCAAAUCGCGGUUUCUCUACCAAGCGAACUGCAUUUUCCAAAGAAAUGGAAGCACACUAGUGAUUGCAGAGCACGACAAUGAAAAACUAACACCAGUCACUCUAAAUGCCAUCACAGCUGCAAAGAAAUUGGGGGAUGUGUCUUGCCUUGUAGCUGGCACACAAUGUGCGAAGGUAGCUGAGGAAGUUAGCAAAGUGGAGGGUGUACAGAAAGUGCUUCUGGCUGAUAAUGAGGCAUUCAAAGGAUUUCUUCCAGAAUCGCUUACUCCCCUCCUAAUGGCGACACAAGACCAGUUCAAAUUCUCACACAUUCUAGCUGGAGCAACAGCAUUUGGGAAGAGUUUGAUUCCAAGAGUAGCAGCAAAACUGGAUGUCUCUCCUAUUUCUGAUAUCAUUGGGAUUAAGGGUGAAGACACCUUCAUCAGGACAAUCUAUGCUGGAAAUGCUGUACAAACUGUUAAGUCCAAGGACAGUGUGAAGCUUGUAUCAGUGAGAGGGACGGCUUUUGAAGCUGCUGAAAUGGAAGGGGGCAGUGCUGCAUCAGAAAACGCUCCUAAUGUUGACGUCGCGAACACAAUAUCAGAGUUUGUUGGUCAAGAAUUAAGCAAAAGUGACCGUCCAGAAUUGACUAGUGCUGGAACAGUUAUCUCAGGAGGCAGAGGGAUGAAAAAUGGUGAUAAUUUCAAGCUCCUGUACGACCUUGCUGACAACAUGAAUGCUGCCGUGGGAGCUUCCCGCGCUGCUGUAGAUGCUGGAUUUGUCCCCAAUGACAUGCAGAUUGGACAGACAGGGAAAAUUGUAGCUCCUAAUCUGUACAUUGCUGUUGGUAUUUCGGGUGCUAUCCAGCACUUGGCUGGGAUGAAGGACAGUAAAGUGAUUGUGGCUAUCAACAAGGAUCCUGAUGCACCUAUAUUCCAAGUGGCUGACUAUGGACUUGUCCAGGAUCUUUUCAAGGCUGUCCCAGAAAUGACAGAAAUGACAAAGAAAUGAUGUGAAAGAACAAACUUGAAUGAAAUAACUACUGAACCUCAUUACCCAAUAUUGAAGAUUGUGAAUGAUGGAUAUAUAACAUCUGGGAUCAAAUGAUGGAUUUCGAAAUAUGUGAUAUUGAAAUGAUUUUUAGUUUUGGAGUUUGUUAACUUCAAAUUGAAAUGUUGCUGUAUGUUUGUAAUUUAUAAUGAAUAAAAAUGUAUAACAUCUUCA